CAAUACAGUGAAGGAAGAUCAAGUUCUGCAUCUUUGGUUGAAAUCCUGAAGGAACAUAGAACAGACCUACAAUUAUCCAAGAGUUCAAACUUGGUCGGUGUUGUGGUGAAAUUAAAAUCAUUUCUUGGAAACUUGAAAUGGGUGGCAGAUGGUAUAUUCUACUAGAUGUUUUUGUUCAGAUGACACUUUUCGCUAGCUCCCAAGGUCCAGGUGAUAUAUCAGUAUCUAUCGCUGAUGCUGUAUCAGAAGUAGAUAAUAGACGACAUGGUGGACCUACAUUAGGAUCUGACGAACCUGGCGGAGUUGCUGCACAAGGAUCGGGAUCUGAAGCUGUCAACCCAGUAUCUAUGUAUGCUUUGUUUAGUAGAAGAGGGGAAGCCCCUCAGGCAGUUGCAGCUUUUGGCUGCGCGGGAGAUAUAUCAACUACUGCGACGGCUAACUAUGUCACAAGAUCUGGUGGUGCUACCCCCAAUGCAACGGAAUUUAGAAGACAGAUGGCUCCAUAUUGUGCUAAUCGUUGGCCUGUAUGUAAUCCUAACGACCGCUAUCGAACAGCAGAUGGUUCUUGCAACAACUUUAACAAUCCAUUAUGGGGAGCCUCUAUAACAAAUCAAGCAAGAUUUAUCUCCCCUACUUAUGGUGAUCAAUAUAACAUUGGCUCUGUUCCACGUAUACGUAGUGUGAUUGGAUCACUCCUCCCUAGUCCACGUGAUAUAUCUAACGCUGUCCUGAAUGGUGGCGAAUCUCCUCCUAGAAGUCGAAUUUUAAGUGUAUCCUUAACUCAUUUUGGACAAUUUGUCGACCACGAUGUUAUAUCAACACCUACAAUUAGAGAUGGUGAUCAAGAUAUAGUUUGCUGUAACGGAGAUGUUCCGGUUGUCAGACCCGAGUGCUUUCCCUUUAGAACUCCGCCAGGUGAUUUUCAGACUACUUGUAUGCAUUUUGUAAGAUCGGACUUUGGUGUUGCUCCUGGAUGUCCACCAGAAUCUAGAAACCAAAUUAAUCAGAGGACAUCUUUUGUUGAUCUGUCUGUGACUUAUGGAAACACACUUGAUGGACAAAAUGACUUACGAGAAUUGGGAACAGGUAGACUUCAAGAAGGCAUUAACAGAAUUCUGCCUACUGGUCCCCCAGGAUCUGAGUGUUUAGCAGGGGAAGAGUGUUUCAAAUCUGGUGACAACAGACCUGCAGAAGUACCAAUGCUGACAGUCGUGCAUAUUACAUUUUUGCGUGAACAUAACAAUAUUGUUGAAAGGUUGAGAGUAAUAGGGUGGAAUGAUGGAGAAGAAUUGUAUCAAGAGGCAAAAAAAAUUCUAACAGGAAUUUAUCAGCACAUUAUUUACACUGAAUAUCUCCCUUUAGUACUAGGGGAAGAAGGUAUGAACAUGUUCGGGCUACGAAGUAAGCGAUUUGGGUUUAAUACAUUGUAUGAUCCUUCUGCAAAUCCAUCUACGAAAAAUGCAUUUGGAGCCGCAGCGUAUCGAUUUGGCCAUUCUCUUGUUGGUUCUUUUGUUGAAUCGUUUAACCAAGACUUCACACCACGAGCCAGGGAACCUAUGGAAGACCAUUUCUUCAGUACUCGUUCAAUAAGAGACUUUACUACCUUCGGUCCAGAUGCAAUAGCCAGGUGGAUGACCACACAGUUCAAGAGCAGAGCAGACGGUUUUCUGACUCCUGCAAUAAGGAAUAGAUUAUUUCAAACAAUGCCUGGAAAUGGCUUUGACCUUGGUUCACUUAACAUUCAGCGUGGUAGAGACCAUGGUAUUCCAUCAUAUAACAGAUGGCGACAGUUUUGUGGAUUACAGCCUGCUUUACACUUUGGAUCUGGUCACUUAGGUUUAACUAAUCAUUGUGCGUCUGCUGCUAGAGCAUUACAAUCUGUCUACAGCCAUCCUGAAGAUAUUGAUUUAUUUGCUGGUGGAAUGUCAGAGACCCCAGUACCAGGUGCGCUUGUGGGACCAACAUUCAGAUGUAUAAUUGGACUUCAGUUCAUGUUGUUUAAGAUUGGUGACCGUUUCUUUUAUGAGAACGCAUUCGUUCCCACUGGUUUUACGGCUGCUCAAUUGCAACAGAUCAAAAGACAGUCAUUGUCAGCACUUUAUUGUAGGACUCUGGAUGUGGAUUCAAUGCCGGCGAAUGCGUUUGAGUCUCCGUUAACUGGAGAUCCACGUUUACCUUGUCAAGACUUUCUAAGAUUGGAUUUAAGACCAUGGAGAAGAAUCAACAAUUCCGUUUAUCAAAGAAAGAGGGGUAAUAGAAACAGAAGUUUGAAGAUGAAAAAAUCAUAUUAA